AUUUCAACAUUUUAGCAUUUCAGCAUCAUCGUCACACUUAGAAAAGGACCCUUGAAUAUGACUGCAUGCAACAACAGCCAUUCUUCCUCUCGGCACCAGCCAGUCUGCUGUGUAUAUACUGGCACUGAGAAUCAGCCUUUGCUUGGAUAUCAUCCUCAUCAAUACCAACAGCAACAACAGCAACACCGACAUCAAGGGGAGUAUCAUCUCAAUAUCAGCGACGAAAAGAACUACGCUUCUCUCGAGGCUGAAUAUCCUCAAUCCACAUCGCAGUGCGAGAGAGCAUCCAGGCGUAAAAAGUUUCGGAGACACCUUCUUCUCCUCUUGGUCCUCGGUUUUGUCUACUUCACUUUCUUCCACUCGUGUAGAAACAAUUAUUUUCAUCAGCAUCAAGACCCUGAUACCUUUGGCAGAGGAAGCAACACCGAUAACAAUAGUGAUAGAUCCAAUAUUGCCUACCCUGACAGUUGUUUGAAGCAUGCUGACACUUGGGAAAAGCCUUGGGUGUUCGAUAUAGAUGCAGCCAACUUUCAACUGAAAUUCGGGCAAGGUUCUAUGGGUUCGCGUGUACAAGUAUACACGGGAGCAGUUCAGAAGCCUACAUUUGAGCUCUACGCCAAAGCGUCUCUCAGCGAAGAUGAGGAUGGAGACGAAGGCGAUAAACGUCAUAGAAACAGUGGUAAUGACGACAAUAGCAAUAGAGGUGAUGCUAUUGAAGUUGUUCGCCACGGUGUUCACCUCGAAUUUAAGCAAUCAUUGGAGCUGUCUGAAGCGCUGAUUUGGUUUGAAGAUCAUUAUGUCGAGCAUGGCGGAUACAAAUACCGAGCUUGUGCCCAAGUGGACAUCAACAUCAUUGUUCCGGAAUCGUACAAGCGCUAUGGCAGCAUCUCAGUCGAGGGUGCUGUGACUUCGAUCAAUGCUCAUGACUUGGAUAACAUUAAAUUCGACAAACUGAACCUAGUUACAGCUACUGGCAAUGUCAUUACCAAGGACAAUAUUCAUGCUGAUCAAUUUUCGACCCAUGUUAGCGCUGGAAAUGCCGAGAUUGAGUCAGUGCAGACCGCGAGCGAUGAUGGUCGGGAGCCAUUGGAUGUCAAAGUCGUCGUUAAUACUGGACAUGUUGUUGUCGGAGUGGAGACUAAUCCUGUGGGCAAGAAUGAGUCCCGCCCACAUAGGAUCUUGGUCCAGGCAAGUACAGGGUCUGUCAAGCUCGAUGUGGCGCCCGCAAAGGCGAAAUCCUCGGGCUCCAUGGCUCAGAAGCCAGGCCAUUUACAAAUCGACACUUCUACCAACACAGGUACAGUUCGAAACCUGAUUCAACUUGCGAGUGAGGACCAGACCUUGAAUUUGAGCUCGUCUAGUAGGACUGGGACUGUGGACGCAACCGUGUCUGACUCGUUCUUGGGGCGCUUUGAUCUCUCAACAAUGGUUGGAAACAGUAAAGUGGUCCCCGCCUUGGGUUCAGAGAGCUCGAUUUCAUAUGAGAAGCAGACACCCCACAGUAAGAUUGGAUUCAAGACAUUGAGCGACAACAAGGCUUAUGAAUCUGAAAUCAAACUUCGCACCAUAACUGGACGCACUUUCCUUGAGUUCAUUAAGUAAUAGCAUAAAAUAACAUAAAAUAAUAAUAAAGGAAAAAACAAUGGAU